AUGGCUGAAAUCCGCCGCAAGCUCGUCAUCGUGGGCGAUGGUGCCUGCGGUAAGACUUGUCUUUUGAUCGUCUUCUCCAAGGGUACCUUCCCUGAGGUGUACGUCCCUACCGUCUUUGAGAACUACGUCGCCGACGUAGAGGUCGAUGGCAAGCACGUCGAGCUUGCCCUUUGGGAUACGGCUGGUCAGGAAGAUUAUGACCGUCUUCGUCCUCUUUCAUACCCUGACUCCCAUGUCAUCCUGAUCUGUUUCGCGGUUGACUCUCCCGAUUCCCUCGACAACGUCCAGGAGAAGUGGAUCUCUGAGGUCCUCCACUUCUGUCAGGGACUCCCCAUCAUCCUUGUUGGUUGCAAGAUGGAUCUGCGCCACGACCCCAAGACCAUCGAGGAGCUUCACAAGACCUCCCAAAAGCCGGUUACCCCUGAGCAGGGUGAGGAGGUUCGCAAGAAGAUCGGUGCUUACAAGUACCUUGAGUGCUCUGCGCGCACCAACGAGGGUGUCCGCGAGGUCUUCGAGGCUGCCACCCGGGCUGCCCUUCUUACGAAGACUCAUAAGAGUAAGAAGAAGUGCACUAUCCUGUAA